ACCUGACUCAGGAGUAUUCACAGUGAAUGAACUUGCUGGAACCCUGUCUCUUGUUGUGGGAUGGCUGUGGAAAAUAUCACCCUGGACGCAGCAAGGAACUCUGUGAACGACAGCGGCUGUGACGUGUUUGUUUACCAGAGAGCCGCAGUGGUCCUCUUCCCUAUUUUCUACUCUGUUGUUUUCAUCAUCAGCGUGUGUGGCAACAGCUUGGUUCUCUAUGUCAUCUGCCAGAAGAAGCAGAAGUUCAACUCCACUUCCAUCUAUCUGGUCAACCUGGCACUGUCUGAUACCCUGUUCACACUGACGCUGCCUGGCAGAAUCACGUACUACAUUCGCCACUAUGACUGGCCCUUUGGUGACCUUCUCUGCAGACUGACCACACUUCUCUUCUUUGCAAAUACCUAUGCAGGUAUUGGCUUCAUGACCUGUAUCAGUCUGGACCGAUACCUGGCCAUGGUGCACCCACACCGGCUGCAGUGUUUGCGGAGUGUGAGCGUGGUACGCAGGGUCUGCUGCCUGGUCUGGGCUCUGGUGUCCCUGCAGGUAGCCCCUCUGCUGUUCCGCAGCAUGCUGCACGAGCACCAGGACAGACGAACCUGCAUGGAGUACUUCAACUUUGAUGGCUCCCGCUUCACCCCUUAUCUCCUGCUUGUGGCCUGCGCCUUCUCCUUCUGCUGUCCGCUCAUCAUCAUCAUUGGCUGCUAUACCAAGAUCAACCUGAAGCUGCGAGCUGUGGCCAAGCAGAACUCCGUGACUGGUCGAUCAAGGAGGAAUCACAGGGCCAACACCAUUAUUCUUCUCAUCCUCCUCACCUUUCUCGUAUGCUUCAGUCCUUACCACCUCAACGUAAUGCAGUUCAUGUCGAGAAAGAUACACCACCAGCCAACCUGCGAGGAACUGAGGGCCUUCAAGGUGUCUUUACAGAUUACCGUUUCCCUGAUGAACUUCAACUGCUGCUUGGACCCAGUCAUCUACUUCUUUGCCAUCAAGACCUACAAGAAGCGGGUGCUGAGCCUCUUUAAGGACUAUCUGUACACGUCUGGUGCUUCCUCCAAAAUGACAGCUGAGAACAGCAGCAGCAACACCUGAGAGAAACCACAGCUGAGCUUGCAGGAGACAUGCUAACAACAACCAGUGGCACAAAGAAGACCUAGUUUAAACCCAAGAAUGCCUAUUUUAGUCUCUUGUGUUGACACUCUUUUGGAAAUGACUAACAAGUCUUUCACUUAAGAUACUGUGACAACUGUCCAUGUACAUGUGCAGUAUAUGUCGAUAAAAGUACAGGGAAGAUCAUAUUUGCUAAUUUGCAGCCGCUCCCACCCAAAGUGUUGAGCACGAUGAAUGAGAAAACUGCAUACAAUUUAUUGUUCCCUAUCUGUUAAUCUUUUUUUUUUUUUUUACAUCAAAGUGUAUCUUAUAUACUGUCUUAUUUGUAUCGCCUUUCUUGCUCGUGUGUGUGCCAUGCAUUAGCAGUUUUGUCACACAGUA